AUGAAGGGCGAACAUAUCCUUCCCCUGUCGCAGAGUGGGAGCGCACGAAAUACGCACAUUGAGGACCAUCUAGAUGGUAGUAGUGCUGCUAUCAAAGUGAUUGUCUUUGGAGGCCUUGAUGGUAUCCUUACCAUGUUCGCUGUAGUCUCCGGCUGCGCCGGUGCUGCCAUAUCGCCCCUACAGACUAUCUGUGUGACAUUGGGCACUCUUUUGGCGUCGGCGUUUUCUAUGGCAUAUGGCGAGUUUAUUAGUUGUAAGGCGGAAAGGGACUACGUGGAGUCGGAGCGUCUGCGUGAGGAGCGCGAGGUGGAAGAGAAACCUGAGAUGGAGAAAAAGGAGAUGCUUGACAUUUACACAAACCGUUAUAAAUUUUCAUCCGCCGAUGCGCAUGACCUUGUGGAGCUGACCUUCCGCAACAAAGAUUUUUUCUUACGCCACAUGAUGGCUGAGGAGCUAGGAAUAUUGCUUACCGAGGAUGAUAUGACUCCAGUUAAAAAAGGAUUGGUUAUGUUUGGAAGCUUUUGCAUUUUGGGCUCAUUCCCACUGAUUGGUUUUAUUGGCAACUUCUUAGGCGAAAGCGGCUCGGAUACAUCACGUAUAAUAGGUUUCACCACAACCGCUUUGUUUUCUGUCAUAGGAGCAAUGAGCCUGGGUUACUUUAAGGGGAGCUACAUGAGGCAACGCCGUAUGAUAUCAGCACUAAUGAUGGCACUUAACGGUGUGGUUGUGGGUUUUAUAUCAUAUUUGUCAGGUCUGGUUCUGAUGACCCUCUUCCCUGAAGCUUCUAUUUAG